AUGGCGAACCUCCGUCCGCUCGCGCUCCUCCUCGCCGUCCUCGCCUGCGCGCUGUGCCGCCACGCCAACGCGACCACGUUCGAGGUCGGCGGCGACGACGGGUGGGUCGUGCCGCCGGCCAGCGACGGCGGCAGGUACAACCAGUGGGCGUCCAAGAACCGAUUCCUCGUCGGCGACCUCGUCCACUUCAAGUACAAGGAGGACUCGGUGAUGGUGGUGACAGAGGCCGACUACGACAGCUGCCGCGCGUCGCACCCCAUCUUCUUCUCCAACAACGGCGACACGGAGGUGGCCUUGGACCACCCGGGCCCCGUCUACUUCAUAUCCUAUUCACUUGUUUGGUGA